AUGACCUCCAAGAUGGCCUCCAACCGCGCCCUCUCCAUUCUCGACCACGCCGCCUCAAACCACUACGGCGUCCCCGCAAUGUGCUGCUACAACCUCGAAGGCAUCCUCGCCACCGUCCGCGCCGCAGAAGCCAAGCGCUCCCCGGCCAUGAUCCUCCUCUUCCCCUGGGCAAUCCACUACGCCGACGGCCUGCUCGUGCACGCCGCCGCCGAAGCCGCCCGCAAGGCGUCGGUCCCCAUCGCCGUGCACAUGGACCACGCGCAGACCCCCGAGAUCAUCCGCUACGCGGCGGACCUGGGCGGCUUCGACAGCAUCAUGGUGGACAUGAGCCACUACGAGAAGGAGGAGAACCUGCGCCUGACCCGGGAACUGGUGGGGUACUGCCACGAGCGCGGGAUGGCGACGGAGGCGGAGCCCGGCCGGAUCGAGGGCGGGGAGGACGGGGUUGCGGACACGGCGGAUCUGGAGGGGUUGCUGACGACGCCCGAGGAGAGUCUGGAGUUUGCGGCUACGGGGAUUGACUGGCUGGCGCCUGCGUUUGGGAAUGUGCAUGGCGAGUAUGGGCCGCGGGGGAUCCGGCUGGAGUAUGAUCGGUUGACGAGCAUUCGGGAGGCUGUCGGGGAUAAGGUCCGGCUUGUGCUGCAUGGGGCGGAUCCGUUCACGCCGGAGAUCUUCGCCAAGUGCAUUGAGUGUGGUGUGUCCAAGGUGAAUAUCAACAAGGUGUUGAACAAUGAGUAUGUGCGGGUGCAGCGCGAGAAAUCGGGACGGGCGCCCUUGACGGCGGUCCUGGAGGAGGCGACGAAUGAGAUGCAGAAGGCUGUCGAGAGGUGUAUGGAUAUGCUGGGGUCUACGGGGAAGGCUGUUUAA